GUUUGACGAUUGACAUAGUCACCAUACAGCAGCUGAAGUACAGACUUUUCUGAUCUGAGUCAAGUUGAGCAAAGGUUUACAAAUACAAUGAUCCUUUAAUUUUUAGCUUUUGCUUUGCGUUCCCCUCCUUAAAAAAUGCACGCUUCAUCUCUAUACUGCGUCCGUUUUCUAAAGACCUAUUUAAUAGUUCAUAUGCUUGUUGUGUUGUUGGUUUUUACAGACCAUGUACAAUCAUUAAACUUCAGCUUCCCUAGUUUUAAUCCAAACACACCAAAUAUUACCUACAGGAAUGAUUCUACUCCAACAAAUGGAGCAAUUCAGUUAACGAUCAAUAGAGCAGUUGGUAGUCUUAGUGGAAGUGUAGGACGAGCAUCUUAUAAUCAUCCUGUGCGCCUUUGGGAUCAAAGCAGCAAUAGGACAACCAACUUUACCACCCAUUUCUCGUUCGACAUCAUACAGGUGAUACCCGAUCCUAACUACUAUGGUGAUGGGAUUGCUUUUUUUAUUGCACCAUUUGAUGAUUCAGCUAAUGCUCCAGCUGAUUCAUUUGGUGGGUGUCUUGGUUUGAUAGGCCGCGGUCAGGAUGAAUCUUGUAAUAGUACCACUGAAUAUCCGUUUGUUGCUGUUGAGUUUGAUACCUUCCACAAUGCGUGGGAUCCGGGUGAGUCUGGUGCUCCAAGUAAUGAUCAUGUGGGAAUAAAUGUCAAUUCUGUAUUUUCAAGGACGAAUUUUAGAUUGAGGGAAAGUCUAAAGAACAGGACUACAGGAAAUGCAUGGAUAACUUAUGAUUCUUCUACCAACAAUCUAAGUGUGUUUUUAAGUUAUGAUGCUAAUCCUGUAUUUAAUGGGGAAUCUAACCUUUCAUAUGUGAUUGACUUGAGUUCUAUUCUCCCAGAAAGAGUCAGAGUUGGAUUCUCUUCUUCAACAGGUGCGAAUUAUGAACUUCAUAACAUCCUUUCUUGGAACUUCAACUCAACCUUAGAAGAUAGAGAUAUUAUUUUACCAGCACCUCGGCAAAGUAACAACAAAGCAGCAUUGGUGGGUGGUAUUGUAGCUGGUGUAAGUGCCUUAUUAAUCCUAUUAGGCUUAGUAGCGUUUAUGUGGUGGCGGAGGAAAAGAAGAGAUGACAUGAAGUUUGAUGUGGAUGAUGACUUUGAUGAGGAAACAGGGCCAAGAAGGUUCACAUACAAGGAACUAAGUCAAGCUACUAACAACUUCAACGAGGAAGGGAAGUUAGGAGAAGGAGGUUUUGGAGGUGUGUAUAGAGGUUUUAUGACAGUUAUGAGCAGAGAAAUUGCAGUGAAGAAGAUAUCAAGGGGAUCAAAGCAAGGUAAAAAGGAGUACGUCUCUGAGGUGAAAGCUAUUAGUCGGUUGAGACAUAAAAAUUUAGUGCAGCUUCUUGGUUGGUGUCAUGAACAAGGACACUUGCUUCUUGUUUAUGAAUAUAUGCCUAAUGGAAGUCUUGAUUCUCAUCUUUAUACUGGAAAGAGGAAGGUUGUCUUACCCUGGGACGAGAGGUACAGAAUUGCUCAAGGGUUAGCAUCAGCUGUAUUGUACCUCCACGAAGAAUGGGAACAAUGUGUAUUGCAUAGAGACAUCAAAUCCAGCAAUGUCAUGCUUGAUUCAAAUUUCAAUGCUAAGCUUGGAGAUUUUGGUCUGGCUAGGCUUGUGGACCAUAAUCUAGGCUCACAGACAACUGUGUUGGCUGGAACUCUAGGGUACUUAGCUCCGGAGUGUGUUAUGACAGGAAAAUCAAGUAAAGAAUCUGAUGUGUAUAGUUUUGGGGUAGUGGCCCUUGAAAUUGCAUGUGGAAGGAGGCCUGUUGAAACAAAGGAAGAGGCUAGUAAGGUGAGUAUGAUAGAGUGGGUGUGGCGCCUCUAUGGAGAAGGUAAUCUUCUAGAAGCAGUUGAUAAAACAAUUCAAGGAGAAUUCGACAUUCAGCAAAUUGAGUGCUUAAUGGUUGUUGGGUUAUGGUGUUGUCAUCCAGAAUAUACUUUCCGACCUUCUAUAAGACAGGUUAUAAAUGUUCUUAACCUGGAAUCUCCUUUGCCUAACUUGCCUAUGAAGUUCCCAGUUCCUGUCUAUUGUUCACCGCCAACGAAUGUGAAAAACUUCUACAUCUCAUCCUCAUCCUCAUCCUCAUCCUCAUACUCAUACUCAUCCUCUGGGUUUACAGGAAGCAGUACUGGUACCACAAGCUCGUCAUCACAGUCAGUUGUAUCUGGCACUGCCCCUUUGUUGUCUCAGAAUCUUACAGUCUGACCUGAACGGCCUCUUUUCUGGUACUAUUAUUUGUCCCAAAACAUAUGUUUUAAUUUAGUCAUUGCAUAUUUGUAUCUCAUGUUGUUUGUCAAUUCAAUUUGUCAAUAAUUGAAUAUUUGAAGAAUCAUUGCUAUA